AUGGGGCGCACAAGGGGGCCUCUGGAAGACGUAAGGGAACUGGAGACCGCAGUCAAUCUUGUCACGGGAUGCCUGAAUGAGGCCUUUUUAAAGGCAUGUCCCGAAAGAGUACCGCCACGUGGAAUCAGGCAGUCAUGGUGGCCACCGGAAUUGAAGGUGCUCAGAAGGGAGAGCAGAAAGCUUUUAAAUAAGGCCAAGAGAGAAAACACGGCAGAGGGCUGGGACGAGUAUCGUGACGCCCUUGGCAAGUUCAAGAAAGAGACGAGGAAGGCGAAGAGUAGUUCUUGGGCGCAAUUUUGUGGGGAAUUGGCAUCUUGGUGGCGCAAUGUGAUCUCGAAGGAUCCCAUCACGCCUAGCUCCCUGAGGAGGGAGGACGGGACUUACACUGAAAGUGGGCAAGAGACGGUGGAACUUUCGAUGGAGGCUCAUAUCCUAGGUGGCCAGGAAGAGGUCGGCGAUCAGAACAUCGCAAUACCUACACAUGUGGCCUUAACGGAUGACCUCAUCAGGGACAUCCUUGACGAGGAGAAGAUAGCGCGGGCCGGACCUAACGGAAUUAUCCCAGGACUGGUGCAGGAGUCCCUUGGAGUCACCCUGCCAUGGCUUGAGCGCAUCUUCCGAGCAAGCCUGGCAUGGGUCAUACUCGAUAUUAACUUCUGGAAGAAGUUUGGUUUGAUACUGGAUAUACAAGGAUCUUUUGUCUUGAUGACUGGGGAGAAUAUCUCUACGGAUAUUCAGGCUGUAAGUCCUGAGGGUGGAGUACUGCAGGACGAAAGCUACUGA